GAAAAUUGGCUUCUUGCAGCCGGCGCAUGUACUCUAGACUCUUCACAGAGAGAGGAGAGAGGAUGAUGAUGGAGGUCUGAGGAGCGGCUUCUUCUCUCUUGAUGCCUGUGAAGCCGUGAAGCUUUCCAUCCUGUUUCUUUAAGCUGCUGCAGCUCCUGUUCGUGUGUGUGUGUGUGCCUGUUUUUUUCCCCUUCUUCUACAUUUUAAUAUCCGUAUUUGUUGGCCGCUUUAUCUACUGUACACCCAUCACCAUCACCAUCUGUAACCAUGUCGGACUCUGAGGAUAUGACGGAGUUCGCCAGCAUCGUGGAGCGGAUCGAGCGAGGCGAGGUCCCAAUCAAGAACAUCGAGAGGGAGCUGAUCUGCCCGAUAUGUAAGGAGCUCUUUACCCACCCGCUGAUCCUGCCCUGCCAGCACAGCAUCUGCCACAAGUGUGUCCGAGAGCUGCUGAUGCUCAACCAUGAGGAUUCGUUUGAUGCCGGCUCAGAGUGCUCCAUGCCGGGCAGCCCCAGGUCCAGGGUGCCCUCCCCGUCCAUGGAAAGGCUAGACAGGCUUGUGAGAUCAGGUGGGUCUCGGGGCUCCAUCUCAUCCCCGGGUUGGCGCAGAGGGUCGGUGACUCCCCGGGUCACCACCAUCCCGUGCCCCGGCUGCCAGCAUGACAUCGACCUCGGUGAGCGCGGCAUCAGCAUGCUGUUCCGUAACUUCACCCUGGAGAGCAUCGUCGAGCGCUACCGCCAGGCCGCCCGCGCAGCCGUCGCCAUCAUGUGUAACAUUUGCAAACCUCCACCGCAGGAGGCCACGAAGAGCUGCAUGGACUGCAAGGCGAGCUACUGUAACGAGUGCUUCAAGCUGCACCACCCCUGGGGGACACCAAAAGCUCAGCACGAAUAUGUUGGCCCCACCACGAAUUUUAGGCCCAAGGUGCUCAUGUGUCCAGAGCACGAGAUGGAGAAGGUGAACAUGUACUGUGAGGUCUGCAGACGACCCGUGUGUCACCUGUGCAAGCUGGGAGGAUCCCACGCCAACCACAAAGUCACCACCAUGAGCAGCGCCUACAAAAUCCUCAAGGAGAAGCUGGCCAAGAGUAUCCAUUACCUCAUCAGCAAAGAGGACCAGGUCAGGACUCAAAUUACUGGGCUUGAGCUGCUCAUCAAUCAGACUGAGGAAAAUGGCCAGCUAGCAGAGCGUCGAGCCAAUGAGCACUUCGAGCGUCUGUUUGAGACCCUGCAGGAGAGGAAAUCAGAGAUGCUGAGGUCCAUCGAACAGUCUCGUAACCGACGCCUGGACCAACUCAAAGGCCAGGUGGAGGAGUACCAGGGCAUGCUGGAGAACAGUGGUCUCGUGGGCUACGCUCAGGAGGUGCUGAAAGAGACGGAUCAGUCGUGCUUUGUACAGACUGCAAAGCAACUGCACGUCAGGAUCCAGAAGGCCACAGAGUCUCUGAGGACUUUCCACCCUUCAGCUGACCCCUGCUUUGAUGAGUUUGUGCUGGACACAUCCAAAGAGGAAACUCUGCUCAAAGAGAUGUGCUUUGGUGGAGUUCCAGAUCCUCCUCUGAUUGAUUUGUCCAAUAGCAAAGUCUAUAACGAGGCCUCCAUCUGCUGGAGGCUGUCUGAUGACCACCUGCCUACAGAUCACCACGUACUUGAAUACCGCAGACUCGGAGGCCCGAGCCAGUCCCCAUCCCAGGAGGACGGUGAAGACAGCGGGGUCUGGAGGGCUACAGACAGGGUUUACGGUCCCAGCACUGUGGUGUGUGACCUGGACCCGAACAGCCUGUAUGCCUUCAGAGUCCGAAGCUGCAGGAACUCCAUGUUCAGCCCCUACAGCCCUGAGGUCACCUUCCACACACCACCUGCACCUGCUUUCGGUUUCUUGUUCAGCGACAAGUGUGGCUUCAGCACGGAGCGGCUCAUUCUAAACAAGCGGCGGGACACUGUGGAGAACGUAGCAGGCAUGGCCUUUCUCCUGGCAGCAGAUCGCGUGCAGACGGGCAGCUACAUUGGACUGGACUACAUAAUUGGGGACACGGGCAUCUCUCAGGGAAGACACUAUUGGGCCUUUAAGGUGGAACCGUACUCCUACAUGGUUAAAGUUGGAGUGGCGUCAGACUCAAAACUGCUUGAAUGGUUUCACAAUCCCAGAGACACCAGCAGCCCCAGAUAUGACCAUGAUAGUGGGCAUGACAGCGGCAGCGAGGACACGUGCUACGACCUCUCCCAGCCAUUCACCCUCCUCACCCUGGGCAUGGGCAAACUCUUCAUCCCCAAGGCUUCCUCCUCCUCGUCCUCCUCCACAGCAAACGCACAGCCCGGUGACCCUGGCAACCGCGUGCUUCCCCUGCCACAGCGCUUGGGCGUAUGUCUCGAUUAUGACGCGUGCCGGGUGUAUUUUUACGACGCCGACACCAUGAGGUGCCUUUACGAGAGGCAGGUGGAUUGCUCGGGAACAAUGUAUCCGGCUUUCGGCCUCAUGGGCAGCGGCAAGGUUCAACUGGAAGAGUUUGUCACCGCUAAGAGGCUGACCUUCUGAGGAAGGAUGGAGGGUGUUUAUGCAUAACGACCUGCAUCCAUUUAAUCUUUGGCAUGUUCUGGGAAGAGCAGGUUUUAUUGACAGGGUGAUGGAGUACAAUCCAAACUGUUAUUUUUGAAGGUCAGGCGAGGCAGAUGUGAUAAUGGUUUUGGGUCCUAAAUGUGAAAAUGGGAUCUCUGCCAGCAGAGACUGGCCUAUUUAGAGGUGGCAUGUAUAAUGUAUGAAUCGCACAUAAGAGCAUGACACUGAAUAGGAGUGUCCACAUACAAAGGUCUUCAGAGGCUGGUAUACGGUAUGUGAAAAGGUCUUCUCUACAUACCAAAGUCUCUGUACGUUAAUUGUAUUUGAUCUGGUUUUAAUUGCCAGCUAUGAUCAGCUGUUCAUGUAGUGGAAUUGGCUGCAAAGUUUGUCUGCAGCAACUUUAAAUCUUUAUUGUUUAAACAUGAAACGCCUUCGAGCUUACACAUAGACUUCCUCUUUUGCCAGGUUUAUGUUUAGAGAUUUUUGUGUGUAUUCAUUUUUGGGUGAUCUUUUUUUUUCUUUGGCUCCUUUCUGUAACAGUUUGUCUAAAUGUAGCACGUAGGUUUAGAUGUAAUCUUGAUGGACCUGAGAGGGCCUUGUAGCUACUUUUAAAGCUAGCGCCUUUGUGCCUUUUUUUUAAUUUUUAUUUUUAGGGAAUGGCUCACUUAGUUUGCUCUAGUAAGCAGAUAUCGGUGUAAUUGCACAAGCGUUAUGGACAUACUUAGCAUAAAUACUGUACGUGAGUUUUUACUGUGGGUAGAGUUUGAUCACAGACACUGGUGUCAUAAUUAUAACAGUUAAUGGUAUUCACGAUGAUUUGUUACUUAUUUACUCUUGACUUUAUCACAGAAAACACUACUUUUCCUCCUUGUCACAGUUUCUGUUGAGCUGUUUUUGCACAAUUUGAUGAAAAAAAAGCCUCGCACAUGUUAAAACUUAAAACCAUCCCGUUUUGAUCACUACCUAGUUGGCUUUUAAAUGCUGUCGACAUAAUCAGCACAUUGAUGUCUCACAAUGACUAACGUACACACGAAUCCUGGAGUAGUCACUUGGAUUUAAAGGAAAAAAAAAAAGCCUCUCACUGUUUGCACAGCACUGAAUGUGACUUUCAACAUCAUGAAACCAGCCAGUUACCAAAACACCGUGUAAUUAGUCAACAUAAGUUUGACCUCUGCAAAGUCACUAAUGGCCAAAGUGUAUUGGUUCUGGUGCUGACUUAAGUGCAACACACUGCUCGGUGUCUCUAGCAGCCUUUAAACACACAUUUCAGGUUCUCACAAAAAGUGCUAUCACAAAACACACUGUUCGGUACCUUUACUAUCAAACCACUGUUUACUUGCAGUGUCACUGGUGAGUUUGGCUAUCAGACACCUGAGGGGUUGAUUGGCUUUGAUCAGAAUCAGCUCAGAUAUUCAAGUCUAAGAGGGCACACUAGAGAGACUGUUUCCUUGAUUUAGACUUAUACUGUAAAUGUGCCUGCACAUGGGUUUGUUUGUACAUUCAUGUAUAUUUUGUUUUCUGGAGGGUUAGGGUAAUCGGUGUGUGUGUGUUUUCUCAGGUUUCUGGCCCUGACUGGGGCCCAAUGCUACCUACCUCUAUCCGUCAGGCCUGGAAAACCUUAACUCCUGUACCUUUCCUCACAGAAACAAGUUUGGAUUUGAUUUGCAGCUUUGUUCGCAACAUUCAACAUCGCCGCCUUCUCUUUUGUGUCAGAUAAUAAGCUGAUCUUUUAGACUGAUUGAUUUAACUUCCAUGUACAUAUUAACCCAGAGUAUACUAUUUUCAGUUAUAUAAAGUACAUCUUAAAUGUUAUUAGUUGGUGUUUGCUUGUGUAUCUUUUUAUUGGUGAAAAUGACUGUAAACAGAUGUUUCCCUGUUCAGCUGCCUUCGUCAAGGGAGUGUUUUUCAAAUGGUACUAACGAUCUUUUCUUCCUUCUUUUUGUGGUGUUGGUUUGAUUAAUCAGUUUAAAUGUUUUGGUUAUAGAGUUUUUUUUUUGUUUGUUUUUGUUUUUUGGGGUUAAAAAAACAUUGAAUAAAUUCAUGUUCUUACAUUUAGCUGGACAUAAACAUUCUCCAGUCUCAAAAUGAAAUAUUGGAUUUCUGUAGCUGUGCUCAUAUUUUGUCUUAUUUUCACUCCGACUGUCAGAUCACAGACCUGAACGCUGGCUCCUGUAUAUUCAAACUGACUGUUUGAACAUCUUUAAAACACGUCUAUGCAUUUAUGAAUUGGCAGGGCAGGUUCACGGUUUUAUUUCCAUCACAGAAUGUAUUCAUGUGAAUUACAGAACAGCUGAAUGUUUUAUUUUGUUUUUUUCCAAGUUUUUUUUGUCUAUUGAUUUGUUCCACGUGGGAUCACAACACAGUUGUUUGCAGUUAUGGAAAUCUGAUUU